AUGUCUGAGCACCGGCACAACCUGCGCAGUCGCAAGAGCGCCCAGGCCCUCGACGCGUCCACCCCCGCCGAGCCUGCCGCCGUCGCCGUCGCCAACAAGGACAAGGCCGCCGAUCGGCACGGCGACCACGACGAGGAGCUCGAGUUUGGCGGCGCUGUGGGCACGUUUGCCAUGAUGACGGGCUUCCCGGCCCUGUUCUACUACCUCUACGCGUGCCUCUACUUCUACGACGGCAAGCUCGCGACGCCCAAGCACCCGCUCGAGCUCACUGGCUCGGGUGGCUGGCUCGAGUUCGUCCAGACGAUCGCGAGCCUCGUGUGGGAGAACGCCAUGCCGACCAAGCGUGCGACGGCCGUUUACCUCACCUUUGUCGGCGGCCAGUUCCUGCUCGCGUUCGUCAUGCCCGGCGUGUGGCAGAAGGGCCUCCCGCUCAAGCACCGCAACGGCCUCCAGCUCGACUACUUCUGCAACGCGUACGCCGCCCAGUGGGCCACGAUCGCGCUCGUCGGCGCGGCGCACUACACGGGCGUGUUCAACCUCGCCGAGGUGAUCGACCUGUACGGCCCGCUCCUCACGGUCGCGAGCCUGUUCGGGUUCGCCGUCGCGGCGGCGACCUACGUCACGAGCACCGAGAACCACCGCAUGAGCGGCAACGUCGUGUACGACUACUUCAUGGGCGCAACCCUCAACCCGCGCCUCGGCCGCGUCGACAUCAAGAUGUUUUUCGAGAUCCGCGUCUCGUGGAGCAUCCUGUUUGCGCUCGCCAUGGGCGCCGUCGCCAAGCAGUACCAGGAGUACGGCUACGUGAGCGGCAACACGGCCUUGUUCGCCUACGGCGUCGGCAUCUACUGGAACGCGUGCGGCAAGGGCGAGCAGUACAUUCCGCAGACCUGGGACAUGAACUACGAGAAGUUCGGCUGGCUCCUGUCGUACUGGAACGUCGCCGGCGUCCCCUUCUCGUACGCCUACGCCGCCAUCUACAUGGCGACGCACGACCCGGCGUCGUACGCCUACCCCAAGCCCGUCCUCUCGGUCCUCUUUGUCCUCCUCACCGCUGCGCAGGUCAUCAUGGACAUCGCGAUGGCGCAAAAGUCGCACUUCAAGGCGCUCAAAACGGGCACGUACAUCAAGCGGCACACGUUCCCGCAGCUGCCGUUCGCCGAGCUCGACAACCCCAAGACGUUCAAGACGCAGGCCGGCGAGCUCCUCGUCGACGGGUGCUGGGCGUUUCUGCGCAAGCCGAACUACAUCGCCGACUGGAUCCAGGCGCUCAUCUGGGGCGCGAGCGCCGGCACGCAGUCGGUCAUCCCGUUCUACUACCCUCUGUUCCACUGCACGAUGCUCCUGCACCGCAACUCGCGCGACGACGUCAAGUGCGCGCGCAAGUACGGCGACGACUGGCGCCGGUACAAGGAGCUCGUCCCGUACUCGUACAUCCCCUACGUCUUCUGAGCGUCGACGUCCGCCCGUGCCGCAUCUCGUCGGCGCGACGAGCCUGCACCGCCCUCCUUCUCCCUCAUUCCACGCCCUGAUACCCUUAGCUAGAGCCCCCCACCUCGUCGACGUAGUCGUCUACACUGCAAAGAUGCCCUGAACUUGUC